AUGAACAAGAUCUUCUUCUUCUUCUUCAUCAUCACUUUCAUUCAAUGUCCACCACAAAUCCAAUCGCAAACCAUCCCAAGAAACAUCAGCAUUUUUAUCAUGGCCGGACAAAGCAACAUGGCUGGUCGAGGAGGAGUCUAUAACAACACCGCCACGAACACCACAGUGUGGGACGGUGUUAUUCCACCGGAAUGCCGAUCAAACCCUUCGAUCUUCCGUCUCACGGCGAAGCUCGAGUGGGAAGUAGCUAAAGAGCCACUCCACGUUGAUAUUGACGUUAACAAGAUCAAUGGUGUUGGACCGGGGAUGUCAUUUGCAAACCGGGUGGUUAAUCGGUUUAGUCAGGUUGGUUUGGUUCCAUGCUCUAUCGGUGGGACUAAACUAAGACAAUGGCAAAAGGGUGAGUUUUUGUACGAGGAGAUGGUUCGGAGGGCGAAAGCUGCAGCCGUGGCUAGUGGCGGCUCGUACCGGGCGGUUUUAUGGUAUCAGGGUGAGUCGGAUACGGUGGACAUGGUGGAUGCUUUGGUUUAUAAGAAGAGACUAGUCAAGUUCUUCAAUGAUCUUAGAAGUGAUUUACAACUUCCAAAUCUUCCUAUUAUUCAGGUGGCUAUAGCUACAGGAGCAGGACCACAUCUUGGGGCGGUGAGGAAAGCUCAACUGGAGACAGGACUUGAGAAUGUGCACUGUGUUGACGCCAUGGGCCUACCUCUUGAACCGGACGGUUUGCAUCUGACCACAUCCGCUCAGGUCCGGCUCGGUCAUAUGAUGGCUGAUACUUUUAUGACUAUUCCCAAUUCAGCCAGACCACCACUCUUUGGCUUUUCUAUCCUGGUCUUAUUUUCGCUAUUUUCUCUGUUAUAUAAAAUAAUUACGGAUCUACCUUAA